AUGGCUCUGGACAGCAGACGGAAGGAGCUGCUGUUGAAAACGCUGAUGGAGCUGGGGGAGGACGAAUUCGAGUGCUUCAAGUUCUACACCGACCUGCCUAAAAGCGUGCGUGAAAACACCCGCCGUGUGUACAUUGCUGAACAGCUGGUAAUGAAGCACAGCGAGAACACUCUGGAUGAGACGGUCAAGAUUCUGGAGAAGAUCGGUAACAACAAUUUGGCCGAGAAGCUGCGCAGCGACCUGGUGGAAAUAAAAGGUGCCGUCUUCUCCGUCCAUGAUGAUAAUCAGAUUAACCGAUUGAAGGGGGAGCUGCAAGAAAACUUGAAGAGUUUAUACAGCUUUGCAUCCGAGGGCACCACAGAGCGCUGGAAGCAGCAGCCUCUGACGGACGUCUACACGGAGCUAGACGUCACCUACGGGGCCGACGUCGUCCCCGACGAGCGACACGAGGUCCUUCAGAUGGAGACGAGGGCUACUGCGGCCAAAGAGUCUAUCCUGCCGUGUGACAUCUUCAAAAACCAUGACGGGAAGCCUCGCCCGAUAAGAACUCUGCUCACCGUCGGCUUCGCUGGAAUGGGAAAAACGUUCUUGAUUCAAAAGUUUGUGUGGGACUGGGCCAGCGGUAGUACCAACCAGGACGUGAACUUCAUAUUUCCCUUCACCUUCCGCGAUUUGAACAUGGACAGAGGGGAGAGCUUUACGCUGGCCGAGCUGAUCCAACGUUACGUCUGCGGGAACUGGCACAGGGAGACACUAAACAAUAUAUUUGUUGACCUGCAGACGUCUAGGAAGCGGGAUUUCGAAAGCAGCAGGAUCAAGAUCUUGUUUGUCCUCGACGGACUGGACGAGUGCAACUUCAAAAUUGACUUGAAGAAUGGGAGGAAAGUGGACAUGGACGUGAAGGAAAAAUACCCACUGGAUGUACUGCUGGCGUAUCUCAUCAAAGGGAACCUGCUUCCUUGCGCCAGGGUUUGGAUCAGCACGCGGCCCACGACAGCCAGGGAUAUUCCCUCCAACCUCAUCGACAGCAGAACUGAGGUGAGAGGAUUCAGUGAUUCCCAGAGGCUGGAGUACUUCAGAAAUAGGUUCCCAAAUGAGGAGCGCGUCAUUGAGCACAUUCGGAAAUCUCACACCAUCUUCAUCAUGUGCCACAUUCCCAUCUUUUGCUGGCUCACCGCCACAGUCCUUCAGGAUCAUUUGGACAAAGGGAAGGAUGGAGACCUUCCCACAACGUUGACCGACAUGUACUCAGAGUUUGCGGCUCACCACUUGGAAAAUUCCAAGAAGAGAAAUACAACGGAGCACAUCCUCUACGUGAAAGUGUUAGCAAAACUGGCUUUUCACCACACCAUGAAUAACUGUCAGAUCUUCUACGAAAAGGACCUGACGGACAGCAGCUUUGAUUACGGCCAAGCAGCAAAACACUGCGGUUUAUUCACAGAGGUGUUUAAGGAGGUCCGUCCGCUCAGAAGAAACCAACAGGGCAAGAUGUUUCAGUUCGUUCACCUGACCAUCCAGGAGUAUCUGGCCGCACUGUACGUAAUGAUGAGCCUCUUCCACGACGGCAAGAACGUACUGGAUGAUUCAGGAUGGUCACUGAAAAAAUUGGCCCGUCUUUUUAAGCAGAACACAAUCACAGAGGUCCACCAGUCAGCUCUGCAGAAAGCCUCGGAGAGUAAAGGACACCUGGAUAUGUUCCUCCGCUUCCUCUUUGGCCUUUCCUUGCCGUGCAACCAGAAACUAGUGAGUGAACUGCUGAAGGCUCCUCAGGGCUGCGGGCAAAGCAAGUCAAAGACAGUCGAGUUGAUCAAGGAAAGGAUCAAACAGAACACUCCAGAGAAUAAUGUCAACUUGUUCUACUGCCUAAACGAGCUGAAGGACGACUCCUUGCUGCAGCAGAUCCAGUGGGAUCUUCUUUUUAAACGUUUCUCCUCGGAGGAGCAGGAACUAGUUCCUGGCAUGUCCUGGCAUCAAAUGUCAAAUGACAUGUGGUCGGCCCUGGUCUUCUUCUUACUUACAGACGACAACACCAUGAAGUCCUUUCAUCUUGGCAGUUACUCCCCAUCGGCGUUGGGGCUCGAGAAGCUGCUGUUGGUGGUCAAGGCUUCUCAAGAAUCAGAUCUAAGGUUUUGUAACCUGGACAAAGGCAGCUGUCAUCUGCUGGCUUCCGUUCUCAGUUCCCCAUCCAACCUGAGGUAUCUGGACCUGAGCUUCAACCAGGAUGUGUCGGACGACGGGGUCGAAAUCCUCUCAAAAGGACUGGCCAGCCCACACUGCAACUUAGAAGUCCUCACGCUGAUAAAAUGCUUGAUCACAAAGCGAGGAUGUGUUUCAUUGGCUGAGGCUCUCAAGGUAAACCCCUCCCAUCUUCAAAAGCUGUACCUGUGUGUCAACAAUCUGUCAGAUGAGGGGGUUGAGAUGCUCUCGAAAGGACUGGCCAGCCCACACUGCAUCUUAAAAGUCCUCAACCUGUCCCACUGUGGGAUCACCAAGCUGCUCCUUAGCUGGAACAAUCUGUCAGAUGAAGGGGUUGAGAUCCUUUCGGAAGGACUGGCCAGCCCACACUGCAUCUUAAAAGUCCUCAGGCUGUCCUACUGUGAGAUCACCAAGCUGCACCUGGGCCGGAACAAUCUGUCAGAUGAAGGGGUUGAGAUCCUCUCGGAAGGUCUGGCCAGCUCACAUAGCAUCUUAAAAGUCCUAAACCUGUCAGAGUGCAAGAUCACAAAGCGAGGAUGCGUUUCAUUGGCUGAAGUUCUCAAGUUAAACCCCUCCCAUCUUCAAGAACUGGACCUGGACAGCAACAAUCUGUCGGACGAGGGGCUUGAGAUCCUCUCGAAAGGACUGGCCAGCCCACACUGCAUCUUAAAAAUCCUCAAGCUGUCAGAGUGCGAGAUCACCAGUAAAGGAUGUGUUUCAUUGGCCGAGGCUCUCAAGUUAAACCCCUCCCAUCUUCAAGAGUUGAAUCUCUGGGACAAUCGAAUAGAGGAAAAAGAAAAGAGGGUCUUAUUGGACAUCAAGGAGGAUCCCAGCUAUAGCCUGAAGAUUGUCAGAUUUAAAUGGGAUUAA